UAGAACUCAGUGCCUUCUGUGCGCUCGAGCCGUGUGAACAACCUACAAGCCUCUCCCCAAAAACUUCACCAUGGUUAUUAAAGUGUUUCUGGCCUCUUCCUCAGGAUCCACAGCGAUCAAAAAGAAGCAGCAAGAUGUGCUUGGGUUUCUGGAAGCUCUCAAAAUUGAAUAUGCGCAGCUUGACAUUGCUUCAAAUGAAGAAAAUCGCAUGUGGAUGAGAGAGAAUGUACCUGGAGACAAGAAGCCAUCCAAUGGAAUCCCACUCCCACCUCAGAUCUUCAAUGAGGACAACUACUGCGGGGACUAUGACACAUUCUUUGAUGCUAAGGAGGACAACUCAGUUUACGAAUUCUUGGGUUUGGCCCCUCCACCUGGCUUCAAGAAAGAGGCAAUCACAGAAGAGGAACAGAAUGAAAACACACCUGCGUUGACUUCACUGGGGGAGGAAGGAGGAGAAGAGAUUAAGGAAGAGGUCGAGCAUAAAGAGGAAAAACAAGAGGCAGAAGAGGAAGAAGAAGAAAAUGAAGAGGAAGCAAAAGAGGAAGAGGAGGAAACAGAAGUAGCACAAGAGAGUAAAACAUCUUUAGCUGAGGAGGAAGAGCAGGAAGGUGAAGUAGAAGAAGAAUACGAACAGGAAGAAGAGGACUUGGCGUCUGAGGAGGAGGAAGAACUUCAACAGCUUGAGGAAGAAGAAGAGGCGCAAGCAUCAGAGGAGGAAGAGGAGGCGGAAGACUGAGGAUGGGACACAGAGGAUCAGGACAAUUGAGAUUUUUAGGUUCACAAAUUUUGACCACCCCACCCACCGUGACAGCUCCUGCUUGAAGACCAUGAAGAUGUUUAGCACAGGACAUUUUCCACACAAUGGUCCUGGAGUGCAUGUUCACAUGGACACUUUCUGGAACUUGGACAUGAACAUCAGCACCACCAAACUUGAAAGAAACUGCUGUUUUCCUUCCUUUUUAUCUACCUUUAGUACUUUUUUUUUACUAUGAUGAAUUCAAAGGAAGGAGAUUUUGUAAAAUCUAAAGAUUUACCGGUUAGCAAAAGUGCUUCUGCAUUGCUCUUCUCAGUGCAUGUUUCAUGUUUAGAAGGAAGAACUGCUGUUUUUAAAUAAUACUGACAAUCUUGCAGAACUUUUUACUUGUAGGCAGGCAGAGAGUUUGAUGGCUGGAAGUAAACUGCUCUUUCAAAUCACUAUCUGUGGUCUUAUUAUCAUGUAGUUAUGUACAUGAAGUACCACAGGAGCACUGAUAUUAUUGCAUAAUUUUGAUCAUUUCUAUUUUUCUUGCUGGCUCGGUUUGCAGGGCUGCAGCUUGAUGUCAUUAAUAAGAUCUAUUUUCCAGAAAAUCAUACAGGUGAAUUGAUUUCUGAAUGUGCACUAUAUCCUAUUAUUUAACCAAACCUAUUCUUAGUCUUGUUCGAAAAAAAAGGAAAAAACAAAAAACAAACAAAAAAAAACCCCAUAAUGUUCUGUUAUUAACAGGGGCCUGUCUGUCUCUAUCUCCUUUUGAUUUAAGGUGUAAGUUCCGGCUGUAGGCUGCUGUAGUCAUGUAUGAACUGAAAAGAACUUUUGUUUAACAUGAAUUACUGAAAAUAACUGAAUGCCAUUAAAACGUCUGUGGCGUAAGA